UACAUAGAUAGUGAGGAGGUCAUUUCCUCCGUGGCAGGCACCGUCGAGCGCGUAAACAAACUCAUUUCCGUACGGGCCGUGCGUUCGAGGUAUAACCCCGAAGUUGGUGACCUCGUUGUAGGCCGAAUCACGGAGGUGAGUCAGACAGAGACGCAUGGGACGGUCGGAACAUAGUGUGUUUCAGGUACAACCUCGUAGGUGGAAGGUAGACGCGAACUCUAGGCAAGACGCGGUGCUUAUGCUGUCGUCUGUCAAUUUGCCCGGCGGUGUUCAGCGGCGGAAACUCGAAAGCGACGAAUUACAAAUGCGCACUUUCUUCGAAGAGGGCGACCUCCUUGUUGCCGAGGUCCAGGCCUUCUUUGCUGACGGGGCAAUGUCGCUGCAUACCCGAUCUCUACGAUAUGGCAAGCUGCGGAAUGGACAGCUUGUGACAGUUCCGCCUGCUCUCAUCCGCCGUCUCAAGUCGCAUUUCCUCUCACUGCCCUGUGGUGUGGACUUGAUUCUCGGAUUGAACGGCUAUAUCUGGGUCAGCAAGCAUGUCAAACAAAAUGAGCAAGAGGGAGAAGAAGCCUUCGACACUGAAGCCGUGUACUCGAACAAGAAUGACGGCAUCGACGAUGCGACACGUCUCGCCAUAUCGCGCGUCAGCAACAUUAUCCGAAUCCUUGCCGCACACUUCAUUCCGCUCACGGACACCCUGCUAUUGGAUGCGUACGAAUGGGCGGUCGAGCAAGAAGGCGAUGUCAAAGACUUGCUACAGGGAGAUAUUGGCGAUGCCAUGGUAGCUACUAUUACUACGCGGGACUGACAAACCGCAUGCACAGCCAUGUUAAUACAACAG